AUGUCAUUUGAACCUUUUCGACCAACUCAACGUGACUGCAUCAUACUUCGAUCAUUAUCCAUAAGCCCAACUAUAAGUCCCACCACAUGGUCAACUUCUAAUUCUAAACACACCCCAAUACCUGAAGCUCAACCUGCUCUUCUUCAUGCAAGAGUUUUACCUAGAUCUGGAUUUCCAAUUUCUGCAAAAUUAGAUUUACUUGAUUCAGAUACAAUAUCAUAUGCUAGUAUUGCAAAAGCAUUCAUUGAACAUAUCAACUCAACUCAAUCAAUUUAUUUUAGAGUAGAAUUAUUGAUUGAAGAUUUGGCUAAGAUUGCUCUUUGGGAUUGUGGAUGUGAUGAAAUUGAUUUAGGAAUCGAAUUGACAAACGGAGUUUUACAAGGAAAAAGUUCAGGAUUAGUGAUCUCAAGAAACCGAUUGGAUUAUCACUUUGAACCAAUCAUUAACUUAUCAUCAUCUAUCAAACCUCAACUAAAGCAUCAAGUAACAUCAACAUCAGCAAAAGAAGAUAGAUUGAUCUUAAAAGACUUACGGCUAAGUUGUAUUAUUGGAGUACUCGAUCAAGAAAGAUUAGAAGAACAAACUGUACUGGUUAAUCUUAUUUGUUGGCCUACAAGACUUGCUGGAACGGAUUACGAACUUCAAACUAUCGAAAGUCAUCUUGACAUGGGCAUCGGUCUUCAAGCCCUAGCAUCAGCGACCAUAGGUUAUGUUAAGAAAUCUUCAUUCUUUACAGUCGAAGCUUUGGCAACUUCAUUGGCAGAUACAUUGCUCUCACUUCAGUAUCCUAACUCUACAUCAGUAGACCAACCAAGGAAACAGCCGAUCGAAAAGGUUACUGUUCGAAUAGAAAAACCUUCAGCGAUCGCAUUUGCUCAGGGCGCUGGAGUCGAAGUGACGCGUUGGGGAAACAGACGCCCUCAUGAACUUAACAAAUUGACUGUAGAAAACAACAUCACAGGCCCCAAGUGGGGCUCAGCUUCAAAUCUUCAAAUCGGUUCUCGUUCACUUACAUCCUCAUCUUCACCUUCACAAGAACUUGACGAACCAAAUCAUAUAGUUUAUAUCGGCUUAGGCUCAAACAUGGGGGACCGACUUGAAAAUAUUUCUUCAGCUUUAGAUCGACUUUGUGAACCAUUAGAAUCAGGAGGUGCGAAUGCUAAAUUACUAGACACAAGUUUUAUGUAUGAAAGUGAACCUAUGUAUGUGGUGAACCAAUCGCCAUUCCUCAAUGCCGCUUGUAAGAUUUCAACCCCACUAGAACCUUUUGAUCUUCUCAAUGUUUUGAAAUCUAUUGAAAAACAUUACGGUAGAGACCUUCAUACAAACCAACGUAAUGGACCAAGACCUAUCGAUCUGGAUAUCCUAUUAUUUAAUUCAAACAUCAUCAAUGCAGAAGAUUUAAAAAUACCUCAUAUUGGAAUCCCAAGUCGACAAUUUGUUUUAGAACCAUUAAACGAUAUUGCUGCUCAUCUAUUACAUCCACAACAUCGUCUUACUAUUGGUUCUCUUUUAUCACGUCUUACAAAAUCAGAACCAUCAUCAGUGAAUCGAAUCCAUCCAAUCCAUUCCCGAACCCAACCAGAUUCCCCAACCCUAGAUCUUUCGAAAUCGACCCAUCUAAUGUCAAUCUUAAAUUGUACACCUGAUUCAUUUUCAGAUGGAGGCAUAUCUUUCGAAGCAUCUGAUGCGAUUCAAAAAGCUCUUGAUCAAAUCAAGAAUGGUACAGAUAUCAUUGAUAUUGGUGGGAUGUCAACCAGACCUGGUGCAGAUGAAGUUUCAAGCCCAGAAGAGAUUCGUAGAACGAUACCUGUGAUCGAAGCUCUAAGAAAAACUCAUGCUGUUAAAUGUCAUAUUAGUAUUGAUACUUUUAAGUCAGAUGUCGCUAGAGCUGCUCUACAGGCUGGAGCAACCAUGGUGAAUGAUGUAUCAGGUGGUGAAGCAGAUCCGAAGAUGCUCUCAACUGUAGCAAAACUAGGCGUACCAAUUGUCUUAAUGCACAUGCGUGGUGAUUCAAAAACAAUGAACAAGAUGAUAAACUAUGGAGAAGAUAUUUUAAAAGGAGUUCAAAAAGAAUUAGAAUCAAGAGUCUCGAAAGCCAUCCAAGUAGGUAUCAAACGUUGGAACAUCCUUCUUGAUCCUGGUUUAGGUUUUGCAAAAGAUUCGAAUGGAAACUGUAUACUGAUCAAUCGAUUAAGUGAAUUAAAUCAACAUGGAAUUUUAAAACAUUUUCCAAUCCUUAUUGGUCCAUCACGUAAAAAGUUUAUAGGUGAUUUAAUUUCAAGAAAAUCAGAUGGAAGUCAAGAAUCAAACAUGGAGAUCGUACCUGCUCAAGAUCGAGUCUUUGGUACGGCUGCUGCUUGUGUGAUGUCUAUGAUGGGAGGUGCAAGAGUUUUAAGAGUUCAUGAUACUAAAGAAAUUAAGGAUGUUAUCAGAGUAGUAGAUGGGAUUCGACGCUCUCACUUACGGUGA